CGGUGCCCUCAAUUAAUUACAGUUUUCGACAAGCAAAAUUAAGGCAAGCAGCGGCGUUGCAAAGUAAAAUAACAAUUAUAAAAUAAAAUUAUAAACUGCGUUACACUAUAAAUAAUGUCAACACCUGCACGUAGGCGUCUUAUGAGAGAUUUUAAAAGACUUCAGGAAGAUCCACCAACGGGUGUGUCUGGUGCGCCAACAGAUAAUAAUAUUAUGAUAUGGAAUGCUGUGAUUUUUGGUCCACACGAUACACCAUUUGAGGAUGGCACCUUUAAAUUAACAAUAGAAUUUACGGAAGAGUAUCCAAAUAAACCGCCAACAGUUCGAUUUGUAUCGAAAGUAUUUCAUCCAAAUGUCUAUGCAGAUGGUGGCAUAUGUUUGGAUAUAUUGCAAAAUCGCUGGAGUCCCACAUACGAUGUGUCCGCAAUUUUAACAUCCAUACAGUCACUGCUGAGCGAUCCCAAUCCCAACUCACCGGCUAACUCCAACGCUGCACAGCUAUAUAAAGAGAAUCGUCGCGAGUAUGAGAAACGUGUGAAAGCCUGCGUGGAGCAAAGUUUCAUCGAUUAGCCAUGCGCCUAUGGUAGGAGCAACAAUAACAGUAGCAGCGGCAACAACAGCAACCACAAAUACAUUAAGCGUAGCGUGCAGUUAAAGCAACAAACUACAACAACAGUAGCGGCAGCGGCAGCAACAACAGCAGCAGCAGCAAUAAAAACCACAAACACAUGCAAUAACAUAAACAAUUUUAAAUUAAAUAUUUCAAUAUAUUUAUAAUGAUAAUUAUGCUAUGAAAUUGUAACAAAAAGUCAACUGGCACACAGACUCACACACACAUUCUCCAACUAUCAUACACGCACAGACACAAACACAUACAUACACAUCAGGCAGUUUCUACUUUCGGCAUAUAGUAUAUUUUAUAUAUCGUAAACACUAAAGCAGGAACAGAUAGAUUUGGCUCUGCCGCUCUUGUGCAACAUAUAAAAUUACAUCCAGAAAUGUUACAUAUUAGUAUGCAAAUAGUAGCAGUAAAAAGCAAAAUUAAUAAUAAUAAAAAUAAAAAUCAUAAUAAUAAAAAUAAUUAUUAAACAAAAAAACAUCAAA